CUAUUAUAUUCUUUGAUAGAUGAGAGCAGUUAUUGCUUUCGCCGCUCUCGUUCUACCACCUCGCUUUGGAGUUUGAACCUCUCGCUCUUCUUAACUCCUUUUCUUUCCUCCCGAGCUUCCAAAGUAACAGCACUGUUGUCGCCCCGUCUCUUUCUCUCUCUCUUUCAGAAGUAAGUAUCUCAUUCUCAUCUCAAACUAGUAAUAAAUGGGUUAUCUCUCUUGCAAAGCUGAGUCUUCCAUCAUCAGUUGCGAUCCCUACAACUGGGACAGAAGGAAGAGAUCAGGAAUCUGUAAAAAUGAACCCACUAAAAUCCGACACUUCUCCUACGCCGAGCUGGAGUCCGCCACCGGAGGUUUCUCCCCGGCUUCAUUUCUUGGUAAAGGUAGCCAUGGCAGUGUCUACAGAGCUGUUCUUGACGAUGGUAAGCUCGUUGCUGCUGUUAAGAAGACGAUGACGUGGGCUGGAGCCACGCUUCAAGGUGGGGACUUCAACAACAUGAACAACCAUCCCGUAGACAACGAGAUCGAAGUCCUUUCCAGAAUUCGAAGCCCUCGUCUGGUGAAUCUGCUGGGAUUCAGUGUUGAUGCAAAAGAGAAGAAGCUUCUCGUCGUUGAGUUUAUGGAGAAUGGAUCUCUUUACGAUCUCCUACACGCAAAACCUCGACCGCCCGGUUGGGCUAAGCGAAUCCGGUUCGCCUUGCAGACCGCGAAGGCGAUCGAGACUCUGCAUUCUUCGAACCCGCCGGUUAUUCACAGGGACAUUAAGUCGUCAAACGUGCUCGUCGACGGAAACUGGAAUGCCAGGCUGGGGGAUUUCGGGUUGGCCUUGAGGGGACACGUUGAGGACGUAAAGAUCAGAUGUACGCCUCCCGCCGGCACUUUGGGCUACCUCGACCCCGGCUACGUUUUGCCGGAGAAUCUCAGUGCCAAGAGCGACGUCUUCAGUUUUGGGAUUCUGUUGUUGGAGAUCAUCAGUGGCCGAAACGCCAUUGAUGUGAACUACAGCCCGCCCUCGGUGGUUCAUUGGGCCUUGCCACUUAUCAAGCAGUUUGAAUUUGCUCUGCUGUUCGAUCCCCGGAUCGGGCCGCCCGGGGACCCGUCUGUGAUGAGACAAUUGGCGGUUCUGGCGGCACGAUGUGUCGGGUCGACGGCCGAAAAGAGGCCGUCUAUGGCGGAGGUGGUUGAGUGUCUACAAACUGUUAGCAAGAAAGUGCCUUCGGCAGUUUGGAACAAUCUCAGGAAGCGGGUAAAGAAGACAUCUCCAGCAAUUGACCGAGAGGUGUUUGAUGAUGGGAAAGAAGAGGCUGUCGUCAAGACCUCCAAAUCUGGGAGCAGAGCUUCGCCGUUGAGGAAUACAAAAGUAUCCAGUGUUCCGCCCGCUAUGGAUUCAGUGAAAGAAGCAAUGGGUUCGAUUGGUGCUGUUGCUGAGGAAAUCGGGCAAGAAGCGGUUAGUUCGGUUAGUGUUGUAAGUGAGAAUUUCGGGCGAGAAGCAAUUAGCUCCGUCGGUGCUGUUCCUGUUGGUGACGGUGAGUAUUCAGGGCGAGAAGCAGCAAGUACUUCAAGUGGUGCUGUUCCUGUUGGUGACGGUGAGUAU